AUGGUAGAUCAUACUUUCAAAGACCAUUACAAACCAAAACAGAAUCAAACAGUGGAUGUAGCAAUGGUUAAAUACAAGGGAAGAUUCUCAAUUAAACAGUACAUGCCAGGAAAACCAAUCAAAAGAGGCAUGAAAGUCUGGAUGAGGUCUGACUCUACAUCUGGAUAUUGUCAUCAAUUCAACGUAUACAUGGGCAAGGACGAUCCAAACAAAGGGCCAAAACUAGGGGGAAAAGUGGUGAAACUGCUAUGCAAGGAUCUUAAAUGGAAAGGACACCAUAUAUAUAUGAAUAGAUACUUUGCAUCAGUACCAUUGUUGAGAUGUUUGGAAAGAAAUGGCAUUUAUGGAUGUGGUACAAUAAAAUGCAAAUCAAUUGGUCUUCCAGAUGAUAUAACAGAUCCCCGAGGAUGGCGCGAGGGGAGAGCAUUACCCGCCAGAAUGGAAAUUUGGCAGCAACUGUAUGGCAAGAUAAGAAAAAAGUUAGUACAUUUCCUGUCUACAAAUUCUAAUCCGACAGGUGAAGGCUCCACCUUCAGAAGAGAAAAGAAUGGUAAUAGAGUCGAAAUAGAUAGGCCACCUCCAGUUGAAGGUUACCAUAAUUAUAUGGGAGGAGUGGACAGGAACAACCAGUUGAGUGCCAAAACACCAGUUGGUAGACCAGCUAAAAAAUGGUGGAAAUACUUGUUUUUUUAUAUGAUUAAUUUAUGCAUUACAAAUGCAUAUAUAGUAUUGAGUGAAUCAGUCGGGUAUCCGCCAAGAAAGAAGAGAUAUUCUUUGUUGGAUUUUAGAAUUGAAAUUGAAAAGCAGCUUACUGGAAAUUUUACCAAGAGAACAAAGAAAACUGUGAACAAACAACCGAAUAAAGAUCAUGUCAGUGUUCGUUUAAAUAGAAAUAAAAGACGGUGUAAAUGGUGCACCAAGCAGGGUGAUAAAAAGCGAAAAGAAACUGUCUAUGGCUGCAUAAAUUGCAACAUUCACUUAUGUAAAGAAUCAUGCUUUGGACAGUAUCACGAGGAACAUGGAUUACCAUUUAAUUAA